GAGCCGCUCUCCGCCCGCUGCAGCCGCCGCCGCCGUCGGCGGCCAGUCUCCGCGCUCGGUCUCCUGCCCUCCCGCCCUUCGCCCGCCGCGGUCCUCGAUGCGGGGUCGGGCCGCUGCGUGAUGGGGCUGCGGAGCGGCGUCUUGCGGCUCGCGGCGGCCGCUGUUCGCGCUGAGGUGCGUCGGUGCCGGGCCCCGCGCGCCCCCGCGCGUCGCAGCUCCUGCUGACCCGGCCCGUCCGCCCGCCGGUCCGCAGCGCGGCUGAGGAAACUUGAACGUAACUUCAAAAGAAGAUUUGAUUCUUUAUUUCUGGACUGCAUAUUCUAACAAGGCCAUCGGCAUGUCAGGAGCCUCAGUAAAGGUGGCCGUCCGGGUGCGGCCCUUCAAUUCUCGAGAGACCAGCAAGGAGUCUAAAUGCAUCAUUCAGAUGCAGGGCAGCUCCACCAGUAUUAUAAACCCAAAGAACCCAAAGGAAGCUCCAAAGUCUUUCAGCUUUGACUAUUCCUAUUGGUCUCACACCUCGUCUGAAGAUCCCUGUUUUGCAUCUCAAAACCGUGUGUACAAUGACAUUGGAAAGGAAAUGCUCCUCCAUGCUUUUGAGGGAUAUAAUGUCUGUAUUUUUGCCUAUGGACAGACUGGUGCUGGGAAGUCUUAUACAAUGAUGGGUAAACAAGAAGGCGGCCAGGCUGGCAUCAUUCCACAGUUGUGUGAAGAACUUUUUGAGAAAAUCAAUGACAACUGUAACGAAGAAAUGUCUUACUCCGUAGAGGUGAGCUACAUGGAAAUUUACUGCGAGAGAGUACGAGAUUUGUUGAAUCCAAAAAACAAAGGUAAUUUGCGUGUGCGUGAACACCCACUUCUUGGACCAUAUGUGGAGGAUCUGUCAAAGCUGGCAGUCACUUCCUAUACAGACAUUGCUGACCUCAUGGACGCUGGGAACAAAGCCAGGACAGUAGCAGCCACCAACAUGAAUGAAACCAGCAGCCGUUCCCACGCUGUGUUUACCAUUGUUUUCACCCAGAAGAAGCAUGAUGCGGAGACCAACCUUUCUACUGAGAAGGUUAGUAAAAUCAGCUUGGUGGAUCUAGCAGGAAGUGAACGAGCUGAUUCAACUGGUGCCAAAGGAACUCGAUUAAAGGAAGGAGCAAAUAUUAAUAAAUCUCUUACAACUCUGGGCAAAGUCAUUUCAGCCUUGGCAGAGGUGAGUAAAAAGAAGAAGAAAACUGAUUUUAUUCCAUACAGGGAUUCUGUACUUACUUGGCUGCUUCGGGAAAAUCUAGGAGGCAAUUCUCGAACUGCAAUGGUUGCUGCUCUGAGCCCUGCGGAUAUCAACUAUGAUGAAACUUUGAGCACUCUGAGAUAUGCAGAUCGUGCAAAACAAAUUAAAUGCAAUGCUGUUAUCAAUGAGGACCCCAAUGCCAAACUGGUUCGUGAAUUAAAGGAGGAGGUGACACGACUGAAGGACCUUCUUCGUGCUCAGGGGCUGGGAGAUAUUAUUGAUAUUGAGCCAUUGAUCGAUGAUUACUCUGGAAGUGGAGGCAAAUAUCUGAAAGAUUUUCAGAACAAUAAGCAUAGGUACUUGCUAGCCUCUGAGAAUCAACGUCCUGGCAAUUUUUCCACAGCAUCCAUGGGGUCCCUUACUUCAUCUCCAUCUUCCUGCUCACUCAGUAGUCAGGUGGGCUUAACGUCUGUGAGCAGUAUUCAGGAGAGGAUCAUGUCUACACCUGGGGGAGAGGAAGCCAUUGAACGCCUAAAGGAGUCGGAGAAGAUCAUUGCUGAGUUGAAUGAAACCUGGGAAGAGAAGCUGCGUAAAACUGAGGCCAUUAGAAUGGAGAGAGAGGCCUUGUUGGCUGAGAUGGGAGUUGCCAUCCGAGAAGAUGGAGGAACGCUGGGAGUUUUCUCACCUAAAAAGACCCCACAUCUUGUUAACCUCAAUGAAGACCCACUGAUGUCUGAAUGCCUGCUUUAUUACAUCAAAGAUGGAAUUACAAGGGUCGGCCAGGCAGAUGCUGAGCGGCGCCAGGACAUAGUGCUGAGUGGGGCUCACAUAAAAGAAGAGCAUUGUGUCUUCCGGAGUGAGAGGAGCAGCGGUGGGGAAGUUAUCGUGACCCUAGAACCCUGUGAACGCUCAGAAACCUACGUAAAUGGCAAGAGGGUUGCCCAGCCUGUCCAGCUGCGCUCAGGAAACCGUAUCAUCAUGGGUAAAAAUCAUGUUUUUCGUUUCAACCACCCGGAGCAAGCACGGGCCGAGAGGGAAAAGACUCCUUCUGCUGAGACCCCCUCAGAGCCUGUGGACUGGACAUUUGCCCAGAGAGAGCUUCUGGAAAAACAAGGAAUUGAUAUGAAACAGGAGAUGGAGAAAAGGCUACAGGAAAUGGAGAUUCUGUACAAGAAGGAGAAAGAAGAAGCAGAUCUUCUCUUGGAGCAGCAGAGACUGGAUUAUGAGAGUAAAUUGCAGGCCUUGCAGAAGCAGGUGGAAACGCGAUCCCUCGCUGCAGAAACCACUGAAGAGGAAGAAGAAGAGGAAGAAGUUUCUUGGACACAGCAUGAAUUUGAGUUGGCCCAAUGGGCCUUCCGGAAAUGGAAGUCUCACCAGUUUACUUCAUUAAGGGACUUACUCUGGGGCAAUGCCGUGUACCUGAAGGAGGCCAAUGCCAUCAGUGUGGAAUUGAAGAAGAAGGUGCAGUUUCAGUUUGUCCUGCUGACUGACACACUCUACUCCCCUUUGCCUCCUGAAUUACUUCCCACUGAGAUGGAGAGAACGCAUGAAGAGAGGCCUUUCCCUCGUACAGUGGUGGCAGUAGAGGUCCAGGAUCUGAAGAAUGGAGCAACACAUUAUUGGUCUCUGGAGAAACUCAAGCAGAGGCUGGAUUUGAUGCGAGAGAUGUAUGACAGGGCAGGUGAGAUGGCCUCCAGUGCCCAAGAUGAUAGCGAAACCACUCUGACUGGCAGUGAUCCAUUUUAUGAUCGGUUUCAUUGGUUCAAACUUGUAGGAAGCUCCCCCAUUUUCCACGGCUGUGUGAAUGAGCGCCUUACCGACCGCACACCCUCCCCCACUUUUUCCACCGCUGAUUCCGACAUCACUGAGCUGGCUGACGAGCAGCAAGAUGAGAUGGAGGAUUUUGAUGAUGAGGCAUUCGUGGAUGACACCGGCUCUGACGCAGGGACGGAGGAGGGAUCAGAUCUCUUCAGUGACGGGCAUGACCCGUUUUACGACCGAUCCCCUUGGUUCAUUUUAGUGGGAAGGGCAUUUGUUUACCUGAGCAAUCUGCUGUAUCCGGUGCCCCUGAUUCACAGAGUGGCCAUUGUCAGUGAGAAGGGCGAAGUGCGAGGAUUUCUGCGUGUGGCCGUACAGGCCAUUGCAGCGGAUGAGGAAGCUCCUGAUUAUGGCUCUGGAAUUCGACAGUCUGGAACAGCUAAAAUAUCUUUUGAUAACGAGUACUUUAAUCAGACUGACUUUCCUUCAGUUGCAAUGACUCGCUCUGGUCUUUCCUUGGAGGAGCUGAGGAUUGUGGAAGGACAGGGUCAGAGUUCUGAGGUCAUCACUCCUCCAGAAGAAAUCAAUCGAAUGAAUGAGUUGGAUUUGAAGUCAGGCACUUUGCUGGAUGGUAAGAUGGUCAUGGAAGGAUUUUCUGAAGAGAUUGGCAACCACCUGAAGCUGGGCAGUGCCUUCACUUUCCGCGUAACAGUGCUGCAGGCCAGUGGAAUCCUCCCAGAGUAUGCAGAUAUCUUCUGUCAGUUCAACUUUUUACAUCGCCACGAUGAAGCAUUCUCCACUGAACCACUCAAAAACAACGGCAGAGGAAGUCCUCUGGGCUUUUAUCAUGUGCAGAAUAUUGCAGUGGAAGUCACUGAAUCCUUUGUGGAAUACAUCAAAACUAAGCCUGUCGUAUUUGAAGUCUUUGGGCAUUAUCAGCAGCACCCUUUCCACCUGCAGGGACAGGAGCUUAACAGUCCGCCUCAGCCGUCACGACGCUUCUUCCCCCCACCCAUGCCGCUCUCCAAACCAGUUCCAGCCACCAAGUUAAACACCAUGAGCCAAACCAGCCUUGGCCAGAGCAUGAGCAAGUACGACCUUCUGGUUUGGUUUGAGAUCAGUGAACUGGAGCCUACAGGAGAGUAUAUCCCAGCUGUGGUUGACCAUACAGCAGGCUUACCUUGCCAGGGAACGUUUUUGCUUCACCAGGGCAUCCAGCGAAGGAUCACAGUGACGAUUAUCCAUGAGAAGGGGAGUGAGCUUCAUUGGAAAGAUGUCCGUGAGCUGGUGGUCGGCCGGAUUAGGAAUAAGGCUGAGGUGGAUGAAGCUGCAAUUGAUGCCAUCCUCUCCCUAAAUAUUAUCUCUGCCAAGUACCUGAAGUCUUCCCACAACUCUAGCAGGACCUUUUACCGUUUUGAGGCUGUUUGGGACAGCUCCCUCCAUAACUCUCUCCUUCUGAACCGAGUGACACCCUGCGGAGAGAAGAUCUACAUGACCUUGUCAGCCUACCUGGAGCUGGAUCACUGCAUUCAGCCCGCUGUCAUCACCAAGGAUGUUUGCAUGGUCUUCUAUUCCCGGGAUGCCAAGAUCUCUCCGCCACGCUCUCUGCGCAGCCUCUUUGGUAGUGGCUACUCUAAGUCACCAGACUCCAAUCGAGUCACUGGAAUUUACGAACUCAGUUUAUGCAAAAUGGCAGACACAGGUAGUCCAGGCAUGCAGAGGAGGAGAAGGAAAAUCUUGGAUACAUCAGUGGCAUAUGUGCGGGGAGAAGAGAACCUAGCUGGCUGGCGGCCUCGUGGAGACAGCCUCAUCUUGGAGCAUCAGUGGGAGUUAGAGAAGCUGGAGCUUCUCCAUGAGGUGGAGAAAACCCGCCACUUCCUCCUGCUGCGUGAGAGACUUGGUGACAGCAUCCCCAGAUCCCUGAGUGACUCGUUGUCCCCUAGCCUCAGCAGUGGGACCCUCAGCACUUCCACCAGCAUCUCCUCUCAGAUCUCAACCACCACCUUUGAAAGUGCCAUCACCCCCAGCGAGAGCAGUGGCUACGACUCAACAGACAUUGAAAGUCUGGUGGAUCGAGAGAAAGAGUUGGCUACCAAGUGCCUGCAACUUCUUACCCACACGUUCACCCGAGAGUUCAGCCAGGUGCCUGGCAGCGUCAGCGACUGCAAGUUGUCUGAUAUCUCUCCAAUUGGACGAGAUCCUUCUGUGUCCAGUUUCAGCAGCUCUACCCUCACCCCCUCCUCCACCUGCCCUUCUCUGGUAGACUCUAGGAGCAGCUCUUUGGAUCAGAAGACCCCAGAAGCCAAUUCCCAAGCUUCUAGUCCCUGCCCAGAAUUUGAACAGUUUCAGAUUGUCCCAACUGUGGAAACGCCAUAUUUGGCCCAAGCAGGAAAAAAUGAAUUUCUCAAUCUUGUUCCAGAUAUUGAAGAAAUUAGACCAGGCUCAGUGGUCUCUAAGAAAGGAUACCUACAUUUCAAGGAGCCACUUUGCAGCAACUGGGCUAAGCAUUUUGUUGUGGUCCGUCGCCCUUACGUCUUCAUCUAUAACAAUGAUAAAGACCCAGUGGAGCGUGGAAUUAUCAACCUGUCCACAGCACAGGUGGAGUACAGUGAGGACCAGGAGGCCAUGGUGAAGACACUGAACACCUUUGCCGUGUGCACAAAGCACCGUGGGGUCCUUCUGCAGGCUCUCAAUGACAAAGACAUGAACGACUGGUUAUAUGCCUUUAACCCACUCCUUGCUGGUACAAUACGGUCAAAACUCUCCCGCAGACGCCCAAGCCAACUGAAAUACUAAGUGACUCUCCUGAGCGUUCUCACUCACCUUCAGAGAGAUAAAGAAAGUGUUACCUCUCAUUUCUUUUUGUGAUUCUUGACGGUUACUCUUGUAUGUAAUCCUGUGGCUUAACUACUUUUGCCUCCUUGUCCAGCACUUUUUCUAGCUCUCCUGUUCCCCAUCUCCAUUGCUCUGUACUCUUUUCUUUUUUCCUGUGCUGAGGAUCUUGUUAGUAGCAUGAAAGGAAAAAAGAAAAAAACAAAAAGCCCAGAGGGAAUCCAGUGAAUCUCCCAAUUAUUUUUUUGGUGUAUUCUGGCUUCCUUUUGUAUGAUAGGCUCCCAUAUGACACCUCUGAUGUCUAUCCUGCUGUCUUUAGAUCUCUUUGGUCUGUCUUUCAUGACAACAUAAUACUUUCUUUUUCUUUUCUCUGUUUGUGAUGGUGGUAUCACUUUGAUUUUUCUUCGGUGGUUUAGAGACUAAGGGAGGAAACAUCUGUUUUUUUUAGAAUAUGAGGAAACAACUGCCCUUUUUCCCUCUGUCUCUUUGCCAUGGUUAAUCCCUGCAUUUUCUAUAAAGGGAAAGUGUUGUGGUAAACUUGGAAAUGGGACAGUUAUAUUCUCUGCUUUGAAAUCAGGGCUCACCUAGAACAGUUAUGGAAUUUUCAUUUAGUGGAAGAGAGAAGCGAAGACUUUUUAUAGUAGGUCUGAGAUAGUGGCUGUUACUGACCCUGUAAGGGAAGAGUCCAGGAUAUUGCUAGUCCACCUCAAGGGACCACGGGAUUUGGCAGUGGAGCUUGACAGCAGAUGGUAGAACGCUUAUACUUUGGCACAGCGGGAUUCUUGUGAACUGUUUAUCUCUGUUAGGAGGGAGGGACUAUCACAGAGUUUCAAAAUUCUGUUUUCGUUAGCAUAGUUUUUGAAUUGGUGCAAUGCCAUACACAAAUUGACCAUAAGGGGGCAGUGUUUCACUUUCUGGUGAUGAACUUAAUAAUGGACCUUGUCAUUACAAGAUAAUGCUGAGUUAGUGACCUUGUGGUUGUUGUAGCUCCCUUUGAUCAGAAAUGUAGCUUUAAGUACAAACUUGAAGUCUCACUCUGAAUCCAGUGGUCAUUUUCAAUGAUGCUUGUCAAAGAAGAUGGAGAUACAGUUUCCUUAUACUCAUAAAUAAACCAGUAUGGCAAGCUUUACUUUCCAGAUACCAGGAUUAAAACCAACCCCUUAAUGCCACUUAAAAACAAACAAACAAACAAAAAAUACCUGGGAGCAGAGAUAGAGAGUCCACCUGAGUCCUGGCAUCAGAUGUUCAUUUCCUUGAAAAGAAGUGGUUUCUUGCUGACAUCCUGCUUUCUCCGUCCUCCUUGACUACCCUUCUCCAUAAAGUAUGGGAAAGGAGGAAGCUCCCUGCUGACACUUUUCCCCACUGACAGUCAGAGUCAUCUGGCUUCCAGGGGCAUCAAAGAAGAGACUUCCUCCCAGCCACCAGGAAGCUUUAGGUGACUGACAUGGGGAAAGAAGGCCUCCAGAUUACUUAGCCAGUAGACUUGUGGUUCCUUUACCUCCCUGCUCAAACCUGUCUGUUUCACUGUCCCUCAGGCAUUCAGCAUCUUGGCCUUGAGGUUGCUCUCGGGUGAUAGAACCUGGAUUACUUUCUACUUCAGGCAGCAAAGGUCAAGUGCUCAUGUACCUCUUUGGAAUAGUUGCUGGGGAGGCUUGGCGUCUCCCAGACCCUCACUUCCGACUUCUUUGUUGGGCUUAUGUCUUGAAGAACAGGUCUCUCAGCUCCUUCAUUCUAAUUGCCUUGCAAAGAGGGGGAAAAGUGAAGCAAAGAGCUUAAUAAAAGAAAGGCUAGAAAUCAGAGACUGUGACCUUACCUGAAAAGUGAUCAGUAAAAACUAUAGUGGAUUUUUUUUUUUUAACUUACUUCUUCUCCUUAAAACAUAGACCACUAACUGUAAUAUUGUUUCCCAAGAGGUCUGUGAGAUUUUAAUGUAGUCAGAGGUUUCUUCGUUGUCUAAUGGACACAAUAUGUGCUUCUGGUGUAUGCUCAAAUCCAGAAUCUGUUGGUGCUUAGAGAUAGCUUCCUGGACCAGAACUAAAUCAAAUUUUAGGGGAAUGAAGAUGAAAUUUGAAGGUUACUUUUAAAAUUAAAUCACAGAUGCUGCUGCUCAUAUGAAGUCUAGUAGAAGGAUCUUUGUGACAAGGUGGAGAAGGCUGAGAGAGAAUGAAAUCACACGUUACAUCAAAAUGACUUAUAUGUUUUCUUCUGACUCAAGCAAAACUGGCUUGGAAAGUCUUUGCUUUGGAGGUGUCAGAUGUUAGAACAAGCCACCCUGGACCAUUUGUCCAUAAUGUGCCCAGAUAUGAAGGACUUGUUAGGAUGCCAGAGGCACCAGAACAUGGAAUGUUCUGCAGGGAAUUGAGUAGGUGUGCUUCCACCAUUCUGAGGUGUCCCCACCCUGCGGCUGGCCACAGAGACAGCCCUGUUGGGCCUCCCCCUCUUCUCUAAGGGUGCUUUUCAGAUUGGAAUUGAAACAGUCUCAGAAUUGUGCCCUUUCCGUAUGGGCCAUCCCCACUUUGAAACUCUGAGAGAGAGGGUUUAGGGCAAGGACUGUUUGGGAUGCUUUAGCUGUAGCGAUAAUGGCAGGAAAGUUAAGAAUUUCCUUUGGAGGUAGUUUUUUUUAUUUAUGUGUUCCUAAACCACUUCUGGUUUAUCCUUACAUCCUUUGAACAAGUAAAAAAGAAAGAAACCUCUCACGAAAAUAAAAGAGAAAAUAAUGUUAGCUAAAACUAACCAUCUCUUCUCCCCCUCACUCUCCCAGUCCUCCUUUCUCCUGCCAGCGGAAAGUGUGUCCUCAGGAGAAACAUCAAACCAGUGCUCAGAUCUCCCUGCCUGUGCAUCUUCCCGGGAGUCGGUCAGCUCUCCGGCAAAGACUGUGCCCCAGGCCAGCCAGCCCAUGUGCAGGCACAGUCGGGAGCACAGGGAGGGCUGCCUCCUGUACUGGGCGGCCACACAGUACCGGUUCAUUGGUAAAAAGUGCUGAAUGCAAGGGAGAAUAAUUUUUCCCAAUCAAGAAACCACUGUCAUUUAUUUUUUCCCCUUCACAUGAAUAGAACUAUUCAACUACUCAUAUUUUAGAUGAAGGCUUCGGCUUUUUUUAAGAUAAAAUAAAUGAAAUCAUGAAAGGGCUUUUUGGAUUUCAGAUUAAGAUGCCCUUUCCUGGCACAUAUUUCAAAGCAAAGACUUUGUUGCCUGCUUCUUGUUGUCUAAUUUACAGGGAUAUUUAAUUUUGUAAGGUAUAUGUAUAUUUAUACAGCUGUAACUAAUUGCACAUUGGACUGGAAAAGAAAGGAUUAUCUGGCACGGAGCACCUGUGGGACCUGCAUUCCCUCAGGCUGGUUCCCACUCAGGUUCUCUUGGACAGUUUGGGGCUGUUUGAUUUGGGUCCUUCGUUUUUCCUUUUACUUCCCUUUUUAUAAUGUGAUUCUUAACCUGCUCCUUAAGGAAAAAGACUAAUUCUGUUGCUGCUCUCAGAAGGUUUGCUGAAUGUAUUUUAAAUGAGACUCUUAACUCUUGUGCACUGCAGCCAUCCACUGUGGCUGAUGGUGACUCACCCAGGGUGCAGGCUGAACCAUGGCUGUGUGGGGCAGGGAUGUGUCCAUUUGUGCUUCCUCAGUAAACUGAAAUAACUCUGAGAGAUUAUUUGUUGUUGUUGUUCAAAAGGCCAUUUAUGAAUUGGGAUUUGAGCCUUAUAAAAUCUUAGGAAAGCCUCCAAUCAUUUAAAAGACUAAAUUGUAGUGGAUAUAAUAUUCAUGUUAAAAACUCACAGCCAAGCUGCUGUGCUCAGAUGGGAAGUCCAAGCUGAGGUUGGUCUCUUGCCAAAGCAUGGCUGUUGUCUGUUGUUAUUCAUGUCACUGAGUUAAUUUUUUUUCAUGCUGUAUAUUCUGGCAUCAGUUGACUUGAGGAAUCCAUCAGCCUUCUCACAUUUAGGGCAUCGUCUUAGACUCUGUGGCUCUAAAGUACUUGUCGUUGAGAGUCAAGUCUCUUGUCACCACCCUCAUAUACCACAGCAAAGCCCAUGAAGCAUAAGUGGCCUUUUCGAACCAAGACUUUGCAAACUGAUCUCUCCCCAGUGAAGAAGUUGAGCACAUUCACAACAAUGUACAUUAUUAAUUUCAAAUUUUCAUUUUCAUGUUUUAUUUUGUAAAUAUUAUCUGAUGUUUGGAGCUUGAGUAUACAGAUUGUAAAUAUAGUUCUUGUAUUUGUACUAAUUCUGAUUCUUUGGCUGUAUAGCCCUAGAUGUGCAAUGCAGACAUUAUUUAACUGUAUGGUAACCUUGCGUCACAAAACUAUUAGUGAACGAGGUAAAAAUAAUAAAGGUACAACCAGUGCA